CCACGCAAACACAGUAUGAAUACGAUGAUCAGGCGAAGGAUCAAAUCAUUCUGCGGACGACAUUCGAGCGUUCGACGAACAACGGUCUCGGCGAUCAUUUUCAGAGUCAUGAUCGCUCUAGUAAUCUUUGUUUUUGUGUUUCAAUUCAACGGCAAUCAGGCUGAGGAGUACGCUUCCCCUUGGCAAUAUAAAUGCAAUGGCGGUUUGUGCCAAAAGGAGUUAAUCACGGAACAGGACACCAAUCCUCUCUCCCUCAGCGUGUGCCAAUUGUGCUGCAGUCAAGGUGGAAUCCUUUGGCCAAAGCCAACAGGACACCUGUCCAUUGGUACAAAUGUGGUGCAGCUUAAUCCUGACAACAUCGUCUUAUCCGGGAUUUCUACUCAGACGGUAGUAGGAAAUCUCCUGCAGAAAAACUUGGAUCGUCUAAAGGCGACCGCGAAGAAGCUCGGCGCUCCUGUGACCUUGAAGGAUGGUGGCACCAAGUUGGUGAUUCGCUUCGACGAAAAAAUUAAGGUCGAUGACGCCAAGCUCACCUUGGACACGAAUGAGAAUUACACUCUCCAAAUAGCUCUGAUCGAUGGACAGGUGGAAGCCCGUAUCACAGCGAGCACCUACUUUGGAGCUCGACAUGCGAUGGAAACACUCAGCCAGUUAAUCGUCUUGGACGACCUGCGUAAUCAGAUUCAAAUAGCGAGCGAUGUCUACAUAGCGGACACUCCAAAGUAUCCUUAUCGUGGAAUUCUUCUGGAUACCAGCCGAAAUUAUGUUGACAAGGAGACGAUCUUGCGGACGAUCGACGGUAUGGCCAUGUCCAAGCUGAACACGUUCCACUGGCACAUCACUGACUCCCAAAGUUUUCCCUAUGUCAGUAAAACAUGGCCCAAGUUUGUUAAAUACGGUAGUUACACGCCAACCAAGAUUUACACGCCCGAGAUGAUUAAAGAGAUCGUCGACUAUGCCUUAGUCCGUGGUGUCAGAGUCCUGCCGGAAUUCGAUGCACCCGCUCAUGUUGGCGAGGGAUGGCAGUGGGUUGGUGACAACACGACGGUUUGCUUCAAAGCUGAGCCUUGGCAGCGUUAUUGCGUGGAGCCACCAUGCGGGCAGCUAAAUCCUACCAGCGAAAAACUAUACGACAUUCUCGAGGGAAUCUAUAAAGACAUGCUAGAGGAUUUCCAACAGCCGGAUAUUUUCCACAUGGGUGGUGACGAGGUGAACAUCAACUGCUGGAAGUCCGCGAAUAUCAUUACCGACUGGAUGAUGAAGAAGGGAUGGGAUCUCAGCGAGAGGAGCUUCUACCUGCUGUGGAACUACUUCCAGACGAAAGCUCUUGAGAAAUUGGAAAUCGCCAAUGGUGGUCAGAAUAUUCCGGUUGUUCUUUGGACCAGCGGGCUCACUAAUGAGGAGAAUCUUCAAUAUCUGGAUCCGGCAAAAUACAUCAUUCAGAUUUGGACAACUGGUUCUGACGAAACCAUUGGUAGACUGCUACGUGACGACUUUAGAGUUAUUUUUUCGAACUAUGACGCCCUGUAUCUUGAUUGCGGAUUCGCAGCUUGGGUAGGUGAGGGUAACAAUUGGUGUUCGCCAUACAAGGGCUGGCAGAAGAUCUAUGACAAUUCUCCACUACAGAUAACCAAGAAUCUAGGAUAUGCGAACAAGAAACAUCUUAUUUUAGGUGGAGAAGCGGCGCUUUGGACUGAACAGGCAGACAGCAUGUCUGUCGACUCGAGGUUGUGGCCAAGAUCAGCCGCGAUGGCCGAGAGAUUGUGGAGCGAACCGGACUCGUCAUGGCAUCAUGCCGAGCAAAGAAUGUUGAGACAUCGUGAGAGACUCGUCGAACGAGGCGUUUAUUCAGACAGCUUGGAACCUGAAUGGUGCCUCCAAAAUCAAGGCUCAUGUUACAUGUAGAUUUUAUACUACGAUGGUAUGAAAACCUACGCCUUCCUUUUUGAAAAAAUAUGAACUGUUGUUUUUUAUAAACACAUUUAAUGUUUAAGAAUAAAUCAUCAUGUGUUUUAA